AUGUCGCCAUCUAAUACGAUUGCUUGCGAAGACCCACUUUAUCUCGGGGCCAGCUGGAAAGGGCUCAAACGGCCCGAGCGAUCCAAUUCUAUGCAGUCCUGGAACGACUCUUCAACUCAGAGGUCUCUUUGGACUCUCGAACUGUUGGAGCAAGAACCAAUCCACAUACGGCCAGCUGUGGCGCCGCCCAUGGCGCCCCCAGUCACUAGCUACAGUGCCCCGAGCUCGAGACCCACAUUUGUCAAAGCCAACUCGUACUCAGAGGGAGGCCACGAUUUUGACGAGAUGUCGCAUUAUCUAUCGUCCAAUCAGAUCUCCACACAGCAGAAUUCGCAUGUGCAUCACCAUGUACCGUACAAUCAACAACAUCACCCACCGAAGCAUAAUUCAAGUUAUCAAUCGCAUCCGUAUUUACUACAGCGUGCUUCUGUGCCUCAGGACCCAGAAUAUUCCAGGUUCUCGCAUUCAGCACACGCCACGUCUGCAGCCAACAAUGAGAACUACGCGUGCGCUCACCAGUUUCCCGACCAGUACAACCGCGAUUGCGAGCAUGACCACGAAAGUCGCGAGGACUUGACUAUAUCGGAAUACCACAACGAGAGCCAUCAAUUUACUACUUUUGAUUCAAGCGCAUACGUUCCAUGGCAGGUGACGCCCACCAGCAGCUUAUCGGACAUCCCUCGGGUUGACUACUUCGACGAUUUUCAGGCGCCCGUAAGUUUGAACUCCGACGGCAGGCUACAAUCUUCUGGUUUCGAUUCAAGUCCGCCACAGGCCCCUUCAACGUCUAACUCGGCAUAUUUUCCAGACGUUAUAGCCACCGAACCAGAGGCGGAGUCGGAGUCGGAAUUUUUGACCAAUACAUCAUCGGAAGACCUUCACGAUCGAUUCUACCAAUCAUUCAACAACCCUGUACAAAGGUCUCCCACAUCUAGGCACGAAUCUGUUUACCAACAGCUGAUUGACGAUAAGCCGCUUACAGAAGCACUUUUAAAGCGUGUCAAGCGGGGCUACUACCGAUGCGCCCACUGCCCCAAAAUGUUUUCCAGCGUCCUGGAUUAUGCCAAACACAUUGACGAGUUUGAAAUUCAGCGCGACUACAAAUGUCCUUUCGUCUUGUGUCCUUGGAAAAUCUUGGGGUUACCACGGCGGCCCGAGUUACGACGCCAUUGCGCCAUCCAACACAAAAUGGAGAUUCCUCGAGAGCUCAAAUCCUCUCUCAAGUUAGGAGAAUCCGAUUUCCCAAUCAUGGAAUGUCCUUCGCCUUAUUGUGACAAGAAUUUUUUCCGCCGCGACUCCUACGCCCGACACGUCGCCAUGGUUCAUGAGAAAACUGACAGUCGUUUCAACAAGCGGCUACAGAAAGUUCUAGAGGAGUGUCCACACAUUGUGGGCACCGAAGAGCACCAGGCUUACGUACUGACCGAAAUUAUGAAGACCAAGAAGAAGUUAAAAGCGUGA